AUGAAGCGUGGCCGACUAAAGUGGAAACGAAGAGAGGAUGAAGUUGAUGUCCCAUCCAAGUGCCCCAUUCAACUCUGGAAUGGUUCUGGUCUCAAGGUCGUGAUAGUAAUGGCUCUGGCCAUCUUUCCAUUUCUGCCUUCACUGAAUGGCGACUUCGUUUUCGAUGAUUCGGCUACAGUGCUCAACAAUCCAAUUGUGAAUGGCCGGAGCAGCAUCAAACAGGUACUAAGCACGGACUAUUGGGGUCAACCAAUCGCUUCACCGCAAAGUCACAAAAGUUAUCGUCCGCUCACUACACUAACCUUUUGGUGA